AUGUAUGUGUCUGCCUGGUCCGAUAUCUCCCAUCUCUCAAUAUCCACACCAGAGCUGGUCAACACGCUGAGGCAGAUGGGCCAACAGGUCAACUGGCCCCCAAAGAUGAAAGCAUCUGAAUUGUUCCGGAACCCGAGACUGUGGUGCGACUUCCAUCGCCAUCACGGCCACAAAACUGAAGACUGUGUCGCCCUGAAGAUCGAGGUCAACGAACUGCUCCAAAAGGGGCAUCUCCGAGAAUUCCUUUCAGAGAAAGCUAAGGCUCAUCUUAGCAAAGAAGCAUCGGGGAAAUCCAAAGGAGACGCACCAAGCUCACCACCUCGCCAGGACCGGGUGAUUCAUGUCAUCUCAGGAGGCUCUGAAGUAAGUGGCGUGAGUCAUGCAGCUGCAAAGAAGAGAACCCGUAAUGCCAAUCACGGCCUGGAGACUGCUCAACCUAAACGCCUACUUCUAGCGAACUGUUUGGUGAAAAGAAUACUAGUAGACAACGGCUCCAGCAAUAUCAUCUUCCUAACGGCGUACCAAGACCUAGGGUUAGAGGAGAAUACCCUGACGCGCAAAGUCACUCCACUCAUCGGGUUCAGCGGCGAGGUCAAGCAAACCCCUGGGGAGGUUAUUCUACCAGUAUAUGCUGAAGGGAUCAACCUAUCUACCAAAUUCCUGGUCGUGGACUGCGAAUCGGCAUACAACAUGAUCUUAGGACGACCCUGGAUUCACGACAUGGGAGCAGUCCCCUCAACCCUCCAUCAAAUAGUGAAGUUCCCUACACCCUGGGCAUCAGAGCAAUCCGAGGAGACCCGAAUAUUUCUAGGUCCUGCUACCAGGCCACCUUAA